UUUGCGAAGCUCUGUGUGCCUGCGCGUGGACGAGGAAGCGUGCGCCGGUGCCCGCAGUCACCACAGAUCUGCUGUGGGAGACGCUGCAGCGAAGCAAAUCGCCUGUCGUGCCGCAGACAACAAAUAGUCUGCGAGCCUGUGAGAGCCAAUUAACAUCCGCCGCGUCGACGCGACCGAACAAGAGAGCAACGAGAUCUCAAGAUGCCGGCCGACCAGGCCUCCCAGACCUCGUGCUACGUUCUCGUAGACGGGCGGAAGGUGAUGGAAAUGCAGGACGCCGACGCGGCGCCGAGGGACUGGGAGUGGCUGCGGCGGCGGCCGCGGGAGAAGUCCGACAUGGUCGAGCGGACCACGGCGUGCUCGCGCCAGACCAAAUGCCUCAUUGCCGUCGAGGCGGGGCAGUACUUUGAGAUCUACAUCGGCAAUGCGCGCAGCGACGACAUCUCGACCCGAGUAUACGUGGACGGCGCCCUGGUCUCCAAAAAAAUCAUCGAUCGUCCUAGCCCGCCCGCAGUAAACGCCUCCACCGGCAUCACCAGCUGCAGUUACGACGACAAUGCUCGCCGGACGGGCUACAAGCAGAAGAUGCGUUUCGCGCCCAUCGCCGCGCGCGACCCGGGCGCCCCGGCCGUGGUCGAUUACGGCGCCGCGGAGCCACAGUCGCAACAAGGGCGCAUCGACGUUGUUGUAUACCGGCAGAUCGCUCCGCCCCGCCAAAAGCAGGCCACGGUCUCGAGACACGCCGGUUCCAUGACCACGGCCGCCGCGGCCGGCGGCGGCAAGAAGAACGUAUUUGGCAUGGGCGCGGCAUUUGAUGCGCCUCAAAGAGCAACGACGCGGCACGUCUACGUCACCGAGAAGGAUCCGACGCCCAUUGCGACGUACAGCUUCCGCUACGCGGCGAUCGAAGCGUUGCAUCUCGCUAAGACGACGCCGAAGGUUUGGCUAGACGGCCAGACUGCUGAGAUUGACGCGACGCGCUUACGGUCGCGCGAGAUGCGUAGCGCGCUACGCGCCGGCUACGCCAUCACCGAGCCGCCAACAUACCUCUGGACCACCGAGCUCUCGCCCCUCGGCGGCGCGCGGGCCCCGCGAGCGGUGGCGGCGACGGCUGAGCUCGACAGCAAGCUCCGGAGCGAGGGCUUCAAGCUAUGUGGCGAGGCUCGCGGUCUUUUCGACGCGUUAUCUCACCAGCUUUGUGGGACUCACCAGCUCUCGAAAUAUGUAGAGCACGUUGUUAUCGAGGAGAUCGAGCGGCGCGAGGCCGGGGAUGGAAACGACAAGAGGCUUUACCCCGGUGGUGAGUGGUGCGGAGACGAAUACGGCAAGCUGUUCCGGCCCUCCAAAUCGCCGCUGCGCGAGUAUGAGGACUGGCGCGACUUCGUGGCGAGCCGCCGCGCGGCCAAGGGAUCGGUCCGCAUUGGUGCCAAGUACGACGACGCACUCGCGCUGAAGGACGAUCCGCCGCCGCUCGUGGCCGGAGAUCUGGUCCAGGUCGAGGCGGUCGAGCCGGACGAGGUAGGCGGUCUAGGAGAGGACGGCGAGGAGGGCUACGAGGCAUCCGUCCAGCAGUCCUCCGACUCAUCAUCACCGAACGUCGUAUUGAAGCGGCUGGGCGCCGCCGAAGUGAUGCUGUCGCGAAAAGAUUGGCGCCUCGGCGGCGGCGGCCUCGCGACGCGGCGCGGCGCGGCUGUGGUCGAGAUGCAGCACACGAUCUUCCUGCAAGCUUUUGCUGAUGCGUUUGGGGUCCGCGUGUUCAUGCUCUGUGUGACCGGUAGAUCGAGGAAGUUACGCGUGACGCGGGUCGAGCCGCGGCCGGGGCGGCGCGUGCUGAUUAAUGGCUACGCCGUCGCUCAUUUAGGAGGCGUGGCGUUCGACAGCAUCACGCGCCACCACGAGGUCAUCGAGAUCCAGUCCGACGACGACGAGGAAGAGGAAGAAGAAGAGCCGGAGCGCGAGCCGAGCCCGGAGCCGCCGCCGCGGAAGCGGCCGCGGCGCGCUCGCGUCAAGACUGAGGUCAAGGCCGAGCACGGCUAA